AUGGCCGAUUCGGAAACCAUAUCAAAAACCCCCAUCGAGCACGAGCCAGUGGAUCUGAAAGGAGAUGUCGCACACUUGAGCAGCGUCGAGCACCUCUCGGUUCUGCCACAUGGAACUGUUGACCCCGUCUACGAACUGAAAGCUCGAGUCUUGAAUAAUGCGAUUCAAGAGAUUGGUAUGGGGAGGUACCAAUGGCAGCUGUUCAUUGUUGUGGGAUUUGGGUGGGCAAACGAUAAUUUCUGGCCUAUUGUCACAUCUCUGAUAUUCACCCCGAUCACAAACGAGUUCCUGCCUUCUCGCCCGCCUCUUUUAUCUCUCGCUCAAAACAUUGGCCUCCUUGUGGGUGCCAUGUUUUGGGGCUUUGGCUGUGAUGUUUUUGGUCGACGCUGGGCCUUCAACUUAACGCUGGGAAUCACUGCAAUCUUCGGUCUCACUGCCGCAGGCUCUCCAAAUUUUGCAGCCAUCGGCUGUUUUGCGGCUCUUUGGAGCUUUGGAGUCGGAGGAAAUCUUCCUGUCGAUUCAGCUGUCUUCCUCGAAUUCUUGCCGGGUUCGCAUCAGUAUCUCUUGACGAUAUUGUCCGUUUACUGGGCUCUUGCUCAAGUCUUGGCGAAUCUGAUUGCUUGGCCGCUCCUUGGAAGCCUCACUUGUCAGGAAGAUGCAACGUGCACUAAGAAGAAUAAUAUGGGAUGGCGGUAUUUUGUCAUCACAUGUGGCGGAAUAUCAAUGAUCCAGUUUAUCAUACGCUUCGUACUUUUCACCAUACACGAGUCGCCAAAGUAUCUCAUGGGGAAAGGCAAAGAUGAAGAAGCGGUUAGAGUCGUCCACGACGUUGCCAGGCGGAAUGGGAAGACAUCAGGCUUGACGAUUGAGGAUCUUCGCGCAUGCGAACCUUCAGGAGUAAAUCAACAAACCGAUUCUAAAGCUGCUAUUAAGCGUGAAUUGGCAAAGUUCAAUCUUACCCAUGUUCGAGCUCUCUUCGCGAGCAAGAGACUGGCGCUCUCGACCUCCUUGAUUAUGGUAAUCUGGGCAUUCAUCGGACUCGCGUAUCCGCUGUAUAAUGCUUUCCUUCCUUACAUCCAAGCAACUCGAGGAGCAAAAUUCGGCGACGGAUCUACAUAUCUGACAUAUCGCAACUCACUCAUUAUUGCAGUCCUAGGGGUCCCAGGAACCCUAUUGGGCGGUUUUCUUGUGGAACUGCCAAAAUUCGGACGAAAAGGGACGCUCUCUAUCUCCACAAUUCUAACAGGCGUGUUUCUCUAUGCCUCAACAACAGCUCUGACAUCAAACGCUCUACUGGGUUGGAACUGUGCAUUCAGCUUCUUCAGCAAUAUUAUGUAUUCGGUGUUGUAUAGUUACACGCCCGAAAUAUUUUUAACGAAACACCGAGGUACUGGUAAUGCCCUCACCGCCACCUCGAAUAGGAUAUUUGGCAUCAUGGCACCUAUCAUUGCUAUGUUUGCCAACUUACAAACUGCCGCACCAGUCUAUACAAGUGGCGCUCUGUUUAUCGUCGCAGGCCUUCUCGUUGUAAUUCUCCCUUUCGAGCCGCAGGGGAGAGCAAGUUUAUAA